GUUAUACUCAUUUUUCGCUAAAAAGCUGUGUCGAUCACUAGGAAAAUGAAAACAUUAAUGGCGAGUGUCUUCGAUUGCAGACGAGGGUCGAGAGGUGAUGAUUACGAAAGAGAAAUGGGAUGAGGAACCCAAAGAGACGCAUUUUCUCGGUAGAUUGAUCAAUAAAUCUGGAAUUACUGGAGGAAAGUGGGCGGCUUCUUCUUUAAUCGAUGCACUUUACUGGGAAAAACAAACUUGGCCAUGGGGAAAUGAAUUCACACUCAUACGUUUCUGGGUUUUGGAUGGUUUGAAUCUUUAUGGUAAUUGAACAUCAUAUUACUAUAUAUAGGUGUAAUCACAAUGAUCUUUCCCAUUCAAAAAUUUGAUUCCCAGUACCACUACUGUUCUAAAUAGCUUUCUUGUUUUGAUUCUUCUCCUUUGAGUUUUCUUUUCAUCUUUCCCUGAUGGCUAAUAACGCUGUGAAACCCAAGUUUAGCCUUAGGCUUCUCAUUGAUGAGGAGAAAAACAGAGUUGUUUUGGCUGAAGCUGGGAAAGAUUUUGUUGAUGUUCUCUGUAGUCUCUUGACACUUCCUAUGGGGACUAUUGUCAGGUUGCUUGAGAAGCAUCAAGCUCCUCAGUCUCCCAUCGUUGGUUGUUUUCACAGCCUUUACAAAAGUGUUUCAGACAUGAGCGUUGAUAAUUUCGAGGCUCAAGCUUGUAAGAAUCUCUUGCUGUAUCCACGGAGUGUCAAGGAGAGUCAUUGCAGGAAGCUGAAGCUCAACAUUGAUGGCACCGUGGCGACCAAAUUCUUUGUCUGCCCAAAUUUUAUUAUUCACGAGAAUUGCUGUAAGGUUUACAGCAACCUUAGUACCUCAAGGUGUCGUUGUGGACGCUCGAUGGCCCGCGAGAUUCAGGUUCAAGGAAGCGAGCAUGAUGAUGGAGUAUUCCUUAGCUGCAGAACGUCGUUUAUCAUCACUGAUGGUCUGAAAGUGUCAUUGAACUCUAUGGGUCUUGUAUUGAAUAUCCUCAACGAUCUUGGCUAUGCUGGUUUUGAUAAGCUGCAAGAAAUGCUUGUUGAUGUUGGUUUCCAAGAGGUGCUAACUUUGCUAAGCUGUUUAUUCACUUCGGAAACUCCCUUGACAGACACAUUCCUGAGGAAACACUGUGUUACAAGGAAGCGUAAAGCGUUGACUCCACUGGUGCAAGAGAGUACGGUUGCAGGAGAUGCGGACGAACUUUUAACGGUUAAUGUUUAUGUUAGAAAGACAGACAGUGCAAUUCUUUAUGCUGAGUGCAGAGAAGACUUUGUCGAUCUUCUAUUCACUUUUCUUGCUAUACCGCUUGAGUUUGCUUGGGAACUUUCUGUUGACAAUGUGAAUAUGGGCUGCGUUGGAAAUCUGUGCAGAAGCUUGAAAGAUCUGAGCUUUGAGAAGCAUAAGGAAGCCACAGUUUCCAAAUGCACGCUUCCUUGUUAUUACAAUUUGAGGGGGCUGCUGCUUGAUAUUGUCAUCCAGGAAGGAGUUUUGAAAUAUGAAUGCUUGGUCAAUCGUUAUUCAGGUUCAUCUUCCAGCUUUUCAAGAAAGAUUAAAAAAGAUGUGCUUUCGGAUGAUGAAAGGGUUGCGACGUUAACCCUAAUGGAUCCAAUAUCCAUUUUUGGCUUUGCGAAGGGAGAAACGAAUUUCAUAGUGUCAGACGAUCUGUACAUCACACCUAUGAGCUCAUCCUCAACAAUCUCAAUGUUAAGCAAAUUGCAGAUGAACAUCGGUGAUAUUGAGGAGCAUGUGAUUAACAUUAGCAAAGCACAAGCCGUUAGCUUGUUGAGGGCUUCCUUGAUAACAACCUCUGCAUUAACCAAUGGACUCUCCAACUUCCUCUCAAAGUUGAAGCCGAAAGAAGCAACUCCCUCAGCAUCUAAGAUACCAAAAUCUGAGAAAGUCCUAUGAAGCGUUCCUCUUGUUGUUACUUCUGGCUAUUAGAAUCUUCCAAGUGUUGUUUUGGCUCUUCUUUUUUUGGUGUGUGCGCAAGAUAUAUAUCUAUUUUAUUUAAAUUAUUUCAUUCUCAUGUCAACUAAAAUUUCAAAUCACACCCUUUGGUGAAGGUGUUUAGUUUCCCGUUACUAUUUUGCUAAAGCUCUACAAAUCAAC